AUGAUAAGCAUUAGUUUCUGGGAAACCGAGCGGAAGUCGUCUCUUUUCAAUCGUAGCGGUCUCCACUCCCGCGAGGAGUUGGUAGCAUUGCUUCCACGGGUGAUUGCGUUGCUGGGCGAUGGAAGCGGUUCUGGUGAUGCUUUGAAUUCAUUUAUGAGUUUCGUAACAUCGCUUCUUAGUGCUUGCAGCCUUUGGGAUUCUCAUUCAGCGCACGGUGCUGUUGAGCCUCUAGGAGCAGCUCGUUUCGAUGUGACACCAGACAAUGAGCGUAUUUUUCGUUUGGACGCUGAACGUACUUUCAUAUCGGAUGAGAACCGUGGCACUCUCUGUCGCAACCUUCAAGAGGUUUUCGCCCACGUCGGUGACUACCACCAGGGUGAAGGUUUUGUUGUCGCUUUUCUAUCAUUGUUUUUAUCUACCCAAGACGUUGUUCGUUUAAUAGUUCACCUACAUGAGAACCAGAUGCGUGGUUACUUUUCAUGUAUGCCAGAGGCAUAUGUACGUGAUGCUAGGGUGUUAAUGAAGUUAUUGGAAGAGCGUAACUGGAAGCUGUAUGAGCAUAUGGAUGGUUUGUUGAUGCCGGAGACCUUCUGUUCGAAAUGGUUCAUCGGUAUGAACGUGCACGUACUCCCCUUUACCCAUGUGGUGACCUACAUGGAGCGUGUAAUGUCACGUGGUGAAUCAUAUAUCUUCAGUUUCGGUCUUGCGUUUUUACUCUUCCAUGCGGACGCGAUAUUAUCAUGCACUGAUGUGUCACAUAUUCUACAACUUCUCCGUUUGGAUGAGGCUGUGAUGCCUGAAGAGUCUGAACGUGAAUCGAUAUAUACCGGUAUUUUGCGUCUGGCAGACGAGACCGAGGUGGAGAAUGAGAAACUUGCUCAAUUGCGGCAUGACGUUGAAGCUGACUUAGCUAAGCAGAAGGAGGAGCGAGAACGUCGUAUGAAAGAGAUGGAGGACACUGAUGACGAGAUCGUUUUCUCUGAUGAGGAGUGA